CUGAUGACACCUCAUGAGGUCUCCAGAGGUUUCAGUAAAUACACAUGAUGUCGAGCCUACAUCGGCUUAAAACUAUAUAUUACUAAUGUUGGUAAUUGGAUAUGAUAAUAAAUUAAUAUUCGGAAUCCAGUAGUGGGCGUUUUGACAGCCCGAACCAAAUAGAACAAGGGGGAGUUGCAGGAUUAUACCAACUUAACAACAAAUUCGGGGCAUGGAAAAAACUGUAGGUCAGUGCUAAAAUUAGAGGCUGCUGCUUUCGCGACAGCAGCCAAACUCUAAAGCAUAAAGUCAUGUAAACCAGUGGAUCCACUAUCACAAGGGCUGGCAAAGGCAAGCUUUCCAGAGGUGACAUUAAACGCCGCACGUCCACAGCACAAGCUCUGUGCGUAACGCCGGCGCAGCGCUGGAUCAAGACUGGAUACUGCUGCGCGAACUAUGAGUAUUGACUAGUGUGUUUGGAGACGCCAUAUGAACCCUUUUCGGCGCAACGAUUCCUUGUGCGUACAUUUCUGCAAAAAUGUCAUUUUUAACCAUACCGAGUCAAGAGGGCCUUUUCACCACUGUUAAAGCUGGCAAGUCAGCCGGGGGUUCAGAGAGUAGGUCACCCAUGGACGCCGAGGACAAUAAUAAUGAUGACGACGAUGAUGAAGAGGAUGACUCUGAAAACGUCCGCCUCAUCCCGAGAUGCUCCCCGGUGCCCAGAAAGAGAGGCUCGUCCAUCUACGACGAGACUGCUGAGUAUAUGCGGAUCCAUUUGGCGCUGUCUGCCGGAAAGAGAGUGUCAUUUGCCGAUACAACAGGUGGGGAUCUGGUGGAUGUGAAGGAAUUUGUUGCCUUUGAUUCGGACGACGAAGCUGAUAGCGCGAAGUGGGAGGAAGAGGAGGCAAAGUAUCGAAAGCCAAAGCGAGAGCCGACCUAUCGCGUGUACCCAGAGUUUACUGUGCGCACCGCCAGUGCCCUGCUGGAGGCUGUGCACAACAACAAAGUGGAGGUUGAGCAGAUGUCUCCAGUGGAGAAUGAGCCACUUGCCUUAAGUGGAAUCGUGCGAGUCCUGAACAUCUCCUUCCACAAAGCAGUUUACAUCAGAUCAACCAUGGACAGCUGGGUGACUUACUUUGAUCACCCAGCAGAGUACAUCCAGGGCUCUCAUGAUGGGGACACUGAUCAGUUCUCCUUCAAGCUGUCUUUCGCACCUCCUUAUAUCACACAUGGCUCUCGCAUUGAGUUUGUCGUUCGCUAUGAAACCUCUAAUGGUGAUUACUGGGCCAAUAACUCCUCUAUGAAUUAUGUGGUAACCCUUCUCCUGUCCCAUGAAGAUGAUGCACCUCAGGCAAACAUCGAUGCACAGCAAAUAAGAAGUAUCCUGAAACCUCCUAAAGCUUACAGGUCAGGGGAUGGGCAGGAAGAAGAAGAAGAAGAAGAAGAAGAAGAAGAAGCAGUAGAAGCUGGGGCCUCCUCGUCAAGACUUGUGCGGCCUAUACCUGUGUGUCCAGUUAUCAUACAGCCAGAGAUUGACAUAGAGAUUGCCGACCACCCGUCUGGUUCCUCUGUCCCAUCCAACCAGGAGCUUCCAUCCGUUGAUGGCACACUGUCCUCUCACACUAUGUCCCCAGGUGAAAUGUUUCCCUGUAUCUCUUCUGAAACCCCGCUUAAAUCUAAUUCAGCCCAACCACUCUGUGCCAGCGAAUCAGUCCAGCCAGAUAAGCGACAGCCUUUACCCAGGCUCCACUGUGAAUUAGGCAACCAAAUGUCAGAGCAGCCCACAGACAGUACUCCCGCUGCACUGCUGCCUGCUGCAGCUCCUUCUCUAGAACAAGAGCCCGAACCGAGACCAGACAACUCCCUGGCUGUCAGAGAGGAAAUCCCUCCAUCAGAGGAGCCUCGCAUGUGUCUCCUCACCACUGAGACACAGGAGGACGCAUCGACCGAGAACCCAGCAAGUCGCCCUUGUCUUGAACUGCCUUCCAAGUGCGUCUCUUCUCCCAGUGUGACUCAGGGCUCAGAGCAAGAGGUCGUAGUGGGACUGAGUGAGCGUGAUGAAGGAUUUUCAGAAGACGCCGACAUGUCCACGGCGCAGCAGGAAGGCAGCACGCCUGUGAAUUUGUGUCUUGUAGCAGAGAGUCUGGGAGCAGAAGGUGAAGCUCCACCGUCACCUGAGCUCACAGAGGUCCCCUCAGCGAGUGCAGGUGGCGAUGAGGGGAGCCAAAACCCCACUCCUCAGUCUGUCUCGGCCCGGAAAGAGACCGGAUGUGCUCCCCAUAUUUCCCCCGACACAUUAUUAGAGAACGAACAAAACACGUUGUCAGAGGUUUUCGAGCCCCAAUCCGAGCAUGUCGUCAACAGGAAUCUGAUGCCAUCCUUUAUCUUUCUGAGCGGAGUUGUCUCCCUCUCCAUAGUGUUGCAGGAACCCGGUGCCCUCUUCCUCAUUGGACUGCUGUUGGUUUUGCGGCGUUUGUGACUUUCCCUGUAGGCUUCAUUCGGAUCUUUUCCCCACUCAAGUGCCUUCCCAUGAUUCCGAGACAAGCACAGAGGCUCACGGGGGGGCUGCGGUUAAUUUUUAUGCAAAGUCUAACGAAAGGAUUCUGAAACGUAAAGACAAUAUAUUCAUGCAAAUGUUACAUAAUAGAACAGUAAUCAUCCUGGUACCACCACAACAUUGAGCUCCCUCUUAUAUUAAAACAGCGUUUUGUUUUUAGAGAUAUUGUGCAAGUGCUCUAUAAUGACCUUUUUCCCUGUGGUUAUGUGGAGAUAGUGUACAUGGUGUUCUAUUCUGAUUUGUUCAAUCAGUAAUUCGUCGCACUUAGUUUGGCUAGUUUGCUGUUGUCGAUGUAGCCGAGGCUGUUGUUGUCCAACCACACACAGCCAUAAGUCUGUGAGCUCCAUGUGUUGUUGUGUCUGAAAAAAAUAAAAUAAAAUAACAUUACCAUGGCGUGGGAAACUAAAGAGACCUGCUAUACGAAAGGGAAUCUGUUUACAAAAUGCAAAGCGUGGUAGUAUUUUUGCCUUAACACUAGCAAACAAACACAGGAUUGAAGUGGAUGCUGAGGGGAAAACGAAUGGAAAACUGUCAGCACAGCACCUUCCAUUUGAUACGUCCUCCUGGUGAUUCUUGUUGGUACAUCUAUUUUGUUGUUGUUGUUGCACAACCCCAACUUUCACAACCUAACAGACAGAUUGAAGCACUUAAUGACAUGUCUGAAAUGGUGAACUCUUCUACAGUGUGUUGCCAUUAAAACGGUCCCCUUACCCUGUA